CCCUGCAAGCUGCAUCAGGCUUUAUCCUACUUGUUCCUUUGGUGAACCAGGUUCACUCAAACUUGCAAAAAGAUGAGCAACCUCCUGAGAAAUGUUGUCACUGUCAUUGACGUUUUCUACAAAUACACGAAGCAGGAUGGGGAAUGUGGCACGCUGAGCAAGGAUGAGCUAAAGGAACUUCUGGAGGAGGAGUCUUGUCUAAUUCUGAAGAACCCAGAUGAUCCAGACACAGUGAAAGUCAUCAUGCAUAUGCUGGAUCGAGAUCAUGACCUAAGACUGGACUUUACUGAGUUUCUUCUCAUGGUGUUCAAGCUGGCUAUGGCCUGCAACAAGGUUCUCAGCAAAGAAUACUGCAAAGCUUCAGGGUCAAAGAAGCACAGGCAUGGUUGCCAAUACCAAGAUAAAGAAAGUGAAACAGAAGAGGAAGAAAAGAAUACAUCAGGACAGAGAUCAGGUUACAUAUAUUCAAGUUGCAGUGAGGGAGAGGAGCAUGGUUACAGUUCUGAGGGAUUGAGGGGAACUGCAAAACACAGACAUGGGUCUAACUCCAGGGGGCUGGGAAGGCAAGGUGGUUUCUCUAGCUCAAGGAACUAAGAGGGAUCUGAGAAAAGGUGCCGUGGGUCUACCUCUGGUCACUCAUGGAGUAGUAGCAAAGAAAGACAUGGCUUCAGCUCUGGAGAUCUUGGGAAAAGAAGAAACAAGUCACAUGUUAGCCCCUCUAAGGAAUCUGGGGAGGAAUAUGAAUCUGGGUGUGGAUCAAAGAGUGGGAAAAGGAAAGGUCAUGGUGGUCUGUCACGUGGAUCGGAUGCUAGUGGACAUGAAUCAAACUCUACUCAGUCAAGGGGUAGAGGACAAAAGCUUGGGUCUAGCUCUAGAGGUUCGGGAGACAGUAGAAGGCAAAGCCAUGCAUGUGGUUCCAGCAAUUUAGGUGGGUGUGGAGGGUCACAAAAUGCUUCUAAUUCUUGUCAGGCAGGUAGAUUUGGAGGGCAAAGAAAUCAAUCUAGCUGUACCCAGUCAUGUUAUCAAUUAGGAAGUAGUGGAGGACAAGGUCAUGGAUGUAUCUCAAGUGGUCAGUCCUCUGGGUAUGGUCAACAUGAGCCUAGCUCCUGUAGCCAGUCUUCUAGUCAGAGAGGAUAUGGAUCUAGAGUGUGUGGUCAACCACAGAGCUGUGGAGGACAACAGGGAAGAGGUUAAAGUCAAUCUUCUAGCUGUGGACGAUAUGGGUCUGGAACAAGUCAGUUUUCUAGUUAUGGUCAACAUGGUCUAGUUCCCAUAGACACUCUUCGAACUCUGAUCAAAAAAGGUCUGGUUCAAAUGAAUUUUCUAAAUGUGAUCAACGUGGGUCUGGCUCUGGUCAGUCCUCUGGCUUUGGGCAAUAUGAGUCAUGCUCAGCUCAGUCCUCUGGCUUUGGCCAACACAGGUCUAGCUCAGGUCAGUCCUCUGGCUUUGGCCAACAUGGGUCUAGCUCAGGUCAGUCCUCUGGCUUUGGCCAACACGAGUCUAGCUCAGGUCCAUCCUCUGGCUUUGGCCAACACAGAUCUAGCUCAGGCCAAUCCUCUAGCUCUAGACUACAUAGAUCUGGCUCAGGUCAAUCCUCUAGCUUUGGACAACAUGGAUCUGACUCCGUCAGUCCUCUGGCUUUGGACAAUAUGGGUCAAGUUCAAGUCAGUCCUCUGGAUUUGGACAACAUGGGUCUAGCUCAGGGCAAUCCUCUAGUUUUG